AUGACCCUCACGAUUACUGGAGCAAUCACCGGAAACGCUGUGGUGACCGGGGGCAUCAUGUGGAAAGAAGCAGAUUCCAACGAUCCGAACAGAGACAAGCCAAACAAGGUGCUCGCCUACAAGGACGACUUGGGCCGAGUUUUCUACACUCGCGAAGACGCAAGGCGACAGAACGAGCAUCGCCGUUUGGUUAUUUGCGGAAAUAUUACUAGUGGAGUCCACGGCAAGGUGAUCGAGGAGGUGUGGGUUGAUGACCCUUCUAGUGCACCUGAGCACAGCUCGCUCGACAACACUCACCCAUCGAAAUCGACUACUACAGCCGUGGUACCUGAAUCUGGCAAGGAGACACUAUCUGGCAACGGAAGUCAUUCUGAGGACGACGAGACCUCUGACAAGGAGAUUGCCAACCCAAAGACCUCUGGCGAAAGGAGCGCGACGGCGAGUUCGCCUUUGUACUACUGUGUUGCUAUCUGGCUUGGUAUCUCUCUGGCUAUCUGGCGUUGGCUCCGAUGA